AUGUUGGAAGCCUACGUCACUCUCAUCUCAAUGGCUGCCAUGAAAGCACUCCCGGAGAAGAAUGUCAAAACCUACCUCCCUGAUGCCUUGCACUUCCAGCGAGCAAUCCAGAAUGCUCGGCAAGCUUGUUGGGACGCUAUUGUUCUUACCUACAAGAACAGCGAAGAAUGUCCAAUACGCAUGCCCCUUGAGAUGCGCAUCAUGGGCGGUAGCGGUGUGAUAAUGGCACCCCAACGCGGAAAUGCCCUUGGAACGUGUAGGGAAAGUUUGAAGACUCAUCCGCAUUGGGCUAAGGAGUGGCAUGGGUAUACGGUUGAUGGCAAGCCGUGGAUUGGGAGGCUUGAGGCAGUGGAUUACAAGGGCGAAAGACAACAGUUUCUCCAGACGCUUGCUGACAUUGGAAAAAAGGCUGGUUGGCCGUUGCAAGAUUUGCAAGAGCGAUUCUCAAAUGAUCUUUUCGAUGUCCUCUUCUUUGAUAAGAAGCCACAGAAGAACUGA